ACAGAUAUCCAAAACAAACAAGACUAAGAAACCCCAUCGACAAAUCAACACAUACAAAAAAAGGUUGGGCAUGUUGGGCUGGUCUGAAAAGCCCAAAAUAGCCCAGGUUCACCCUAGUUCCCACACCUUCCCUCAUUCAAUGCCACCUUGUUUGUUUCCGUUGAGCCUCCAAACCCCAAAAGCCUCGGUGAAGAUGUCACACAGCUUGAGGUCCCUCAGAAGGCUCUUCACUCUCCGCCCCAAACCUUCCUCCUCCGUCAUCUCCACGCGCCGCCACGUCUCCACGGAGACACGCUCCCAGAAGCUGGAGCGCAUCGCCGACGAUCUCCUCCUCCUCGACAGGCUCGAGCGCCACGACUUCUCCGUCCUCUGGAGGCUCAAAUUGGGCCUCGACCGAUUCGCUGGCCCAGCCGCGGAUCUCGGCCCAGUUGGCCCAGCAUCAGGUGCUGGUGGUGCGGGGCCGGAUGCUAGUGCGGGAGCGGCGGCAGAGGAGAAGACAGUGUUCGAUAUAAAGCUGGAGAAAUACGACGCCGCAUCGAAGAUAAAGAUCAUAAAGGAAGUUAGGGCUUUCACCGAUUUGGGGCUUAAGGAAGCAAAGGAUUUGGUCGAGAAGGUUCCUUGCGUCUUGAAGAAGGGUCUCACAAAGGACGAAGCUGAUCCCAUUCUCCAGAAGCUCAAAGAUUUGGGUGCCACUGUUGUAUUGGAUUGAUUCCCGAUUCUUUUUUUUUUUUUGGUUGUAGAAUCAUUGCUUCAUUUUCAUUGAAAUGUGAUGAUAAUGUGUUUUUUAGUUCUCAAAUACAAAAGUUAUAUGAACAUAAUAAGGACUUAGAAUGAUUAUGAAUAA